AUGGCGGACGAGACGGCCAUGACUGCGCCCGUGGACGCGCCAGCGCCCGCCGUCGCCAGUGAGCCCGAGAAGCCGACCGAGACGCCCAAUACGAACGGCGAGACUGUUACGAUCGGCGAGAAGGAGGAGGAUAGCGAAGCCGCAGCAGAGCAUGCCAAAGUAGAAGAGCCCGCCGUCCAUGGCGAGAAGACGGAGCAGCCCGAGGCUUCGUCCUCUGAGCCGGCGGCUGAUUCUACGCCCGCAACGAGCGGCAAGGACAAGAAGCGAAAGUCCACAGGCGGCGUGCCAGAGCACAAGAACAAGAAAUUGAACAAGAAGAAGUCGAUGCCGUCGCUGCAUCUCGACUGCAAGCCUGGCGAGUUCUACUGGGCACGUCUCAAGGGAUAUCCGCCGUGGCCCGCGAUCAUCUGUGAUGAGGAGAUGCUUCCUGAGUCUCUGCUCGCCACUCGCCCUGUGAGUACGUCUCGGCCAGAUGGUACUCUGCGAGAUGAUUUCAAGGAAGGAGGCAAGAACGCCAAGGAACGUACCUUCCCUAUCAUGUUUUUGGCUACGAACGAGUUCCAAUGGAUGGUCAACACGGCAUUGACGCCUCUCGAACCCGAGGAGUGCCUCAAGCUUCCUACGACGAAGAUGACCAAGGCGCUCCAAGAGGCAUACCAGAUCGCGUCUGAGGGCCAUGACAUCAACUACUUCAAGGGAAUUCUCAAGCUUUGGCAAGAAGAACAGGAAGCCUUCCGAAUUGAGAGCGAGCGCCUCGCCGAAGAAGCAGAACGUAAAGCUGCCGAGAAAGCUGCCAAAGCAGAAGAGGAUGCUGCGCUCGCAGAAGAAGGCGAGAAGAAGGCGAAGAAGAAAGCACCUCGCAAGAGCAAGGCUGCAGACGAAGAUGUCGACAUGGUAGACGCAGAUGCACCGAAGUCUACAAAGAAGCGCAAGAAGGAGACGGAGAGUGAUGCUGAUGCGCCCAAGGUGAGCAUGACAAGUGAAGCAGCAAUAGAUCGCCGCGCUAAUGACUUGCAGCCAAAGAAGACGCCAAAGGUCAUGAAGCUGAACGCACCAAAGACGCCAAACAGCACAGAAGCGGCCUCGGCCAAGAAGUCGACGUCCAAGCCGAAGAAGAAGGUUGUCUCGGCACCCAAGGCUGAAGAUGAUGACGAGAAGCCUCAGAUGACCGAGGCAGAGAGACUUGCCCAACGGGAAAAGGCUGUUCUCUACCUCCGUCACCGCCUGCAGAAAGGAUUUCUCUCCCGCGACCAGGCGCCAAAGGAGGACGAAAUGGCUGCCAUGGCAGACUUCUUCGCUCAGCUUGAGUCAUACGAGACACUGGAGCCGUCUAUCAUCCGACAGACAAAGAUUCACAAGGUGCUCAAGGCUAUUGUCAAGCUGGCCAGCGUGCCCAAGGACGACGAGUAUGGCUUCAAGAAACGCAGCACUAUGCUACUUGAUGUCUGGAACAAGCGCAUGGAGGCUGAUGGAGGCGAUGCUCCUCCCCCAGCUGCUGUCGAGAAGGAGAAGCCUGCUCCUGCUGCUGAGGAAAAGGCUCCGCAUACUAAUGGUAGCAAGGAGGCUGAGCCAGAGAAGGAGGCACAGAAGGAAGUCCUCGACGAAGCAAAGAAGGAUGCCGAAGAAGGGGCAGCCAAGCCUGUGGAGAACCAGGAGAUCGAGAUGAAGGAUGCCGAGGCAUCUGAGAAGCCCGCUGAGACUGCAGAGGAGAAGAAAGCAGAGGUGGCCGCGGCGAUCAUCCAGCAGAAUGUUGAGGCUCCCAAGACUGAUGCACCGCAAGCUUCAGCAGAGAAUGGCGCUGAUGAGGCCGGGGACGUUGGCAUGCAAACUGCUCCAGCGUAG